ACAUUUAGUUUCUUCAUCUGAUCAUCUUCUCAAUAUUAUUAUCUGUUGUCAUAUUUUCUCCAUUCUUCAAACAACUACUUUUAAUUUCUUCUCUCAUUAUAACAUAGUGACCAUAUAAUGACGACACUAUUGAAAUAGUAAAAAAAAGGUCUUUUUCCUCUAUACAUAAGAGCCAUCAGAUUAAAUCGAAAAAGGGUAGAUUGAAAAUGGUGAGAAUUCCAAUAAUGUUUCCGAGAGUAGCAGCGGCUUUCGACGAGCAAGUUUCUCGUGUACGGAUUUGCGAGAGCAGCGGGAGCGAACACUCUCCGGCGGAAAGUUUCACUGAUUUGUCGAAUCUUGUUAAUUCUUUCAUUGAAAAAGAAGCGUGGAGUGGAGAUCAUGGCUGUGAGUUUGAUCAGGAAAUAAUUAAUCAACAUGAAGGUUCUGAUGUUGAUUCUUGGUCUGAUGAGUUGGAGAGGAAAGAUAUGCUUAAGAAUUUGUUAUUUGGUGUAAACGAUGAUGAGGAUUGUGAUUUGAAGCAAAGGAUUUAUGCUGAAGCUGAAAUUGUUUAUGAAAUGGCUUCUGAUAAUGGUGAUUUUCAAGGAUUCAAACGCCGCUUGAUGACUCAUUUGCGUGAAAAGGGCUUCGAUGCUGGACUUUGCAAGUCAAAAUGGGAUAAAUCAAAGAGGUUUCCAGCAGGGGAUUAUGAAUACGUUGAUGUGAAUGAAGAAAGAAGUGGAAGUCGCUACAUUGUAGAAGCAUUCUUAGUAGGAGAGUUUGAAAUAGCAAGAGCAAGUGAUCAAUACACUUCAUUACUUGAGGUUUUCCCACUCAUAUUUGUUGGGAAAGUAGAUGAACUUAAACAGAUUGUGAGACUAAUGAGCAAUGCAAUUAGAGAGUCCAUGAAAGCCAAGGGUAUGCCAAUACCCCCUUGGAGGAAACAUGGGUAUAUGAAGACAAAGUGGUUUGGUUCCUACAAAAGGACCACUAAUGCAAUUCCAUCAAGUAAACCCAAAAAUCCAAAGGAAUCUUUUGAUGCCAUGAUAUCUGUGGGGUUUCAAACCAAGACAAUAGUCCCAUAUUUUUGCAGGGCUAAUGAUCACUUUUCAACUAAGGUUGGGUUGAGAGUAGGAAAUUUGACUGCUGCAUUAUUCGAUGGUUGAGAUUUGUUGCUGCAUUUUUGUUCAUAAAUUGUUUUUGCCCGUACAAAGCAUAAAGUCAUUGCUUUGAUUUUUUCCCCCUUGAGUUUGAUUGGUAUUCUAGCAAUUUGAUAUGUUGGCUAAAUACAAUAUAUAUAGGUUUAUAUUGGUUUUUCAGGUUUUUAGUAUUAGAAUAAGUGUGUAAUAAGUACAUAAUGGAAUGUUGAAAAAAUGCAUUCUAGCACUAACAAGUAGCCUAUCGAUUGUAUUUA